GCCUGUUCAGUGUGUGUCGCAGUUCGCAGAUCAGAGAAAAUGUUCGCCAAAGUCAUUCUACUAGCGAUAGCCGUCCAGGUUUGCCUGGCAAGUUCCGAUGAGAUGCCCGGAUAUCCUCUAGCGAUGGCAUCGAUGUUCCAGCCUGCACCGACGGCAUUCUAUACAUGCGAUGGCACCAGUUCCGGCACUGGAUGCAAAAGCUGUACAGUUUCGCUACUCUGUGUUGGAGCUACGGAGGUUCCCACUGAUUGCGUUGCUACCUCACCGACCACGCCCAACUGUAAUAACGGUGCAUGCUCUGCCACUGCCGCCGAAGGAUGCGAAACUCAAGCUAAGCCUAUCACCUGUACCGGCGAGGGAGUAUACCCAGAUGCGAAAAACUGUGGAAUCUAUCACUACUGCAGUGCAUCAAGUAGCCCAUCGGAUAUAUACACAUGUGCUACGGGAUAUGUGUUCAAUGCAGCCACCGGAUUGUGUAAAAGAAAUGGUUCGGCGUCGGAUUGUGUGGUGAUCAAAUGUCCCGCCAGCAGCGGAUAUGGUAGUUACGGUAGCAGCAAGACCUACUACGGCUACUGCGUAUAUUCGGGCACUCCACCAGCUGUCACAGAUAUUUAUAUGUUCAAGUGCUCAACCGGCGCCACUUUCGAUGGUUCUACCUGCGUGUAUCAGUGCUCCAAGGAAGGAAAUUUCCCUAACACCAACGAUUCGAAAACCUACUACCAGUGUUACGUCGUAAGUGGAAAGUGGAAGGCAGAUCUAGUAUCCUGUCCGAGCGGUAAAAAGUUCGAUGCCACUAAACAAAUUUGUGUUGCCUAAAAGCAACUUUGAAAUAACUUUACGUAGUUGACGUUUAUAGAUACGGUUUAUCAGAAUAAACAAGCUCCAGUAUCACCACAA